AUGCUUCCUGCAGCACCCAUCACCAUCACACCCUCAUUUCCCGUCAUCCCAUUUCCUCCAUCACUCGCCCACUCCCCCCCCCCCUUCCCUGCACGCCACCUGCAGUUCGGCCCACUGGAGGGCGCAUUCUUUGCCGACUAUGGCACGGAUUUAGGCUCGGGAGCCACUGUGCUAGGCGACCCAGCAGGGGCGCGGGGCAAACCAGGGAGGGGCUUUGGGCUGGGCGCAGGGGUGCGGGUGGACUCACCACUGGGCCCUCUGCGCCUGGAGUAUGCCUUCAACGACCAGAAGAUCCCUCGCUUCCACUUUGGCAUCGGCUACCGCAACUAG